AUGACGCGCCUCGCCGCCACGGAAACCGAAGUUCCCGUCAUUAUCAACGGGCAAAACAUUGAACUCACACCAGCCUUGGUGGAACACGUCAACAAACGCAUCGGUGGACAAAUCAACAAGUUGGCCAGUAACGGAGCCAUUCAGGAAUGCGACGUGAUUCUCUCCGUCAGUAAGAACCCCAAGGUCAAAAACGGACACCGCGUGGAAGUCGUCACGAACCUCAAGGGCACGUCGAUCAUUUGCCACAACGAGAGUCCGGACAUGUACGCUUCCAUCGACGCCGCCUCGCACGCACUCUACCGCAAACUUUGCAAGUACAAGGACAAUCGGGUAGCUGGUUGGCACGGGGGUGAAAAAAUGGGCAACGACAUUAUGGAAGUCCUCGAAAACCUCGAGGAUGUUUCGGAAUACACCGCCACGCCCGUCGCGGAAGAAUACGUCGAUCCCGAAGCUCCCACCAUUACCAAGGUCAAAAACUUUGAUCUCACCAAACCCAUGAGUGUACAGGAAGCCGUCUUUGCUCUGGAUUACAUUGAUCACGACUUUUACGUCUUUCGCAACGCCGAGACCAACGAAAUUUCUGUCGUGUACAAGCGCCACGUGGGCGGUAUUGGACUCGUCGAGCCCUAG